UCAACAAUUGAGACGUGCCCUCGAGGGAGUAGGUUCGCCGUUCUCGUUCGUGGUAGAGCCGGAGCUGAUGAGGGCGUGACCGGCAGGCGGCACCAACGAGACCUCCGGAGAGUCCGGACUGCCGCAUCCCACGGAUCCGUCCGCAGCUGAGCUCGCCAGAUCAAGCGCUCGGGGGCCUCGGGUGGAUUGACAGCAGACCAGGCAAAGGGCAAGGCCGGCAGCCGGCGGCGCCACCGCCGUGGCUAGGCUUAGGCGUGAGGAACGAACUGCCCCGGGCCCGGCUGCCUCGCGCCGCCCGGCUCCCUCUCCGUGGCUCCGUGCUCGGUGCUCCGGUUCCGGCACUCGGUUCUCAGUGCUAGGAUCCAGGAGAUUCGGUCUGCUAGGCUGAUCCAGCUCCAAUUCGAGGCUACUGCAGUCCGCGCCUCCAGCACGAGCAGCAAGCAGCGGUGGCGGCGACGGCUAUGGGCUCUGGUUCCAACUCCAAGGAGGGAGAGGAGCGGGUGCUGAGCCACGGUGACGUGGUGCUCAUCCGCUCCGACCUUGCAGUCCUUCACGGGCCGUGCUUCAUCAACGACCGCAUCAUCGCCUUCUACUUCGCACACCUCUCCGCCGGCCUCCAAGAUGACGACCUCCUCCUGCUCCCGCCCUCCAUCCCCUACCUCCUUUCCAACCUCCCUGACCCGGCCUCUGUCGCCGCCGUCGCCGACCCGCUCCGCCUCGCCUCCCGCCGCCUCGUGCUGCUCCCUGUCAACGACAACCCCGAUGCCUCUGUCGCUGAGGGCGGUUCCCACUGGACCCUCCUCAUCCUUGACAACGCCACUAGCCCCUCCACGCCCCGCUUCGUCCACCACGACAGCCUCCCCGGGGCGCCCAACCUCCCCGUCGCUGCUCGCCUCGCCGACGCACUCCGCCCCCUGCUGCUGUCAGGCAGCGAUUCCAAGAGGGGCACCGUUCCGCUCAUCGAGGGACCCACCCCGAGGCAGACCAAUGGCUAUGACUGCGGUGUCUAUGUCAUGGCCAUCGCCAGGGCUCUGUGCGCCUGGUGGAACAAUGGCCGGGAUCACCAGGAAGGCGGCGAUUGGUUCCAGGUGGUGAGGAGGGAGGUGGGUGCCCACAGCGUCAAGGCCAUGAGGGCAGACUUGCUGCAGCUAAUCAACACUCUCAUCCAAGAGAAGGCCAAGGCUAAUUCCCCAUCCAAGGGCGACGCCGACCCAGGGUCAUUAGAAUGUGGUAUUCUGGAUUUUGAGAACUACAUUACAGGUGCUUUGGCUGGAUUGGUGCUGAAGUUCUAUGCAUUUGGACCCAUACCUAACAGUCUUACAUGCAUGUGCCCUAACUACCUCCCUCUUUCUCCUCUGCUCAACAACCUUGCUGCCUUUGCAAUUGCAUUGCUUCCACCAGUCUAUACAGCUAGAGGACUCAGGUCAGGGAAGAUGCAACCUCAUGAGAAGGUUGCUGUUUUGAAGCCUGUGGCCUCCAGGCCUUUCUCCAGGUUCAGGCCCUUUCCGAAUGUUCUGCAAGACUUCAAUGCCAAUGGUUCCCCAACAAUCACCGUCCCAGAGGAGACUGAACUAAUCAGGCCAAAAGCCACUCGAUCUGCAUCCCUACUGGGUAAUCUUCCAACACAGAUAGCAGCAACAAUAGAUGCUGGGUCAGAUGCCAUAUCUGAGGAGGUGGAAGCCAAUGCAGAGCAUUUGACGUGUUGUGACCAUGUAACAGCAUGCCAAGCUGCCAGGCGGAAUGGUGUGCGCAGCCGUCUGUCACUCGAUGGGUACAACUGGAGGAAAUAUGGGCAAAAGAAAGUGAAAGGCAGCGAGUUCCCACGGAGCUACUACAAGUGCACUCACCCUAGCUGCCCUGUGAAGAGGAAGGUGGAGACGACAAUAGAUGGCCGGAUCGCUGAAAUUGUGUACAGUGGCGAACACAACCACCUGAAGCCAGGCAAGCCUUGUCUCCCCAGGAAGCCAUUGUCGUCGACAAGCACAGAGGUUGUGGUGUGCGACAUGCGUGGUACUGACGACACGAUGAGGGAGUAGAAACGACGAAGACGAUUAGAAGGUCAGAUGCUUUGUUCCAGUAUCUGGAGGCAGUUGCAUUUUCUUGGACGAAUUUGGAAACGAUAGUUAGCUUGCUGGUUGAUAGAAAAAGUACUGUCUUGUUCCAGGACAUCAGUGGGUAUCAUAGAAUGGCAAAAAGCAGAGUAGCUGUUGUCGAUGUACAUAUAUGAAUCGAUAUGCAUCUGAUGCCACUAGGGUGCUGCUGAAACUGCCCUUUUCAAUUCAGUUGCUGGUGUUUCUUCUCUGUAUUUUUCUGCGGUGAAUAAUGGAUCUAGUGGGAGGGAGGAGGGAGUGCUCAUCAGUUGAGUUUUGACACAGCGAUGCAAGAAUGCGUACCGUGAACCAUGUGGAUAAAUGGAAUAGAAUAGAAUGUUCAUUUGGUAGCUUA